CGGUACCUGUGCAGGUAUUUAGCAUCUUUACACUGCACAGUACCGUUAUACAGUACUGUACCACCAAUGUCUCCUAAAGUGGAUAAACAGAAGCGUAGGAGAAACACUCUAAAAUUGAGUGACAAACUUGAAAUCAUCAAAAAACUUGAAUCAGGGGUUAGUGUUUCUGUUCUAAUGGAAACAUAUGACAUUGGAAAGUCUACCAUUUAUGAUAUAAAAAAUGCCAAAAAUAAAAUUCUACAGUUUACAGCCUCAUCUGAGCCUUACAACAAAAUUGCAGAAAGAAAAAGUUUACAUAAGCCAAAGUUAGAAAAUCUUGAUAAGGUUUUGCAUGAAUGGUUUUUGAUUAAACGAUCAGAAGGUAUGGCAAUUUCUGGGCCAAUGCUUAUCACCAAAGCAAAAUCUUUUAAGGAGCAAAUGAACAUUGAUUCUGAAUGUAACUUUAGCAGUGGGUGGCUUAGGAAUUUUAAAAUGCGUCAUGGUAUUAGACAGCUAAAUGUUGUUGGAGAAAGGCAGUCAGCUGAUACACAUGCUGCAGCAGAUUAUAGUGCAACAUUUGAAAAAAUUGUCAUUGACUAUGAUCUCACACCUGAUCAAAUUUACAAUGCAGAUGAAACAGGUGUUUUCUGGAAAUGUCUGCCCACUAAAACUCUGGCUGGAAACCAAGAACGAAAUGCUAAAGGUUUUAAGAUGAAUAAAGAAAGACUUACUGUCCUCACCUGUGCUAAUGCUUCUGGACAGCAUAAAAUCAAGCUUCUGGUGAUUGGCAAAUAUAAGCGCCCACGGGCAUUUAAAGGAAUUUUGCACCUCCCUGUGACUUAUAAAGCUCAAAAAAAUGCUUGGAUGGACAAAGACAUUUUUCAAGAUUGGUUUGUUAAUGAUUUUAUUCCAUCAGUCCGCCAGAACCUAACAAAUUUGGGAAAACCUGCUAACACAAAGUGCUUGCUGCUUCUUGACAACUGUAGGGCUCACCCCCAUGAAUCAAAAUUAGUGUCUGAUUGUGGAAAUAUUUUUGCAUCUUACUUGCCACCAAAUGUUACAUCACUAAUUCAGCCCAUGGACCAAGGAGUCAUUAGGAACUUCAAAUGCCAUUAUAAAAAUGACUUUAUGAUGAAAAUGUUAAACAAGGAUGUUGAUUCUAUAGAAUUUCAACGUAGCUUUACAAUAAAAGAUGCAGUGUUAUCUCUUGUAACUGCAUGGAACACAGUCAAGCCUGUAACUCUUUUAAGAGCUUGGCGAAAGUUAUGGCCAAAUGUGAUGCAUGGAGAGCUAGAGUGUGAGGAAAAUGAAGAUCUUGAAGGGUUCCUUGUAGAGCAGAGAGCAUCUGAAGUGAAUGAACUCAUGCAAUCUGUCAAAUUAGCCCAGGAAGACAACCCUCUAUGCAAACUUAAUGAAGAGGACCUAGAAGAGUGGAUAUGCAUUGAAGAUGAUGUUGAGAUUGCAGCCACUUUUACUGAUCAAGAAAUCAUUGACAGCAUCACAAAUCCAGAUCAGACAGAGGAGCACACUUCUGAAAAAUCUGAUGAAGAAGAUGACAGACUUGAAACUGAAAAGGUAUCUUGGGCUACUGCUGAAAAAUGCAUGGAAACCAUUGUGAAAUUUGUGGAACAAAACCAUAGCUUUACACUCCAAGACGUCAUGCAAGUGCACAUGGUGCAAAAUAAUUUUAUCACAAAGAAAUUACAAAGUCGCAGACAAUGUGACAUACGAAGAUAUUUACAAAAAACAACAGAAGCAUCUGCCAUCCAAACUACCAAUCAACUGCAGCAGCAAACACUCACAACACUCAAUCCACAAACAGAUCACCUUGCACAGCAGGAAGAAGAAAACAUGUCAUAUGCAGAGGAAACAUCUGCUAAUAGCCAUCCUGCAUCGCAGAAGCUCAGUUCACAAGCGGAUCACCAGGUGUAG